AGUGCCAAACGACGCUACUGUAUAUUCAGACGACAUCCUGAAGGUAAGGUGACGCUUGAGAUGCACAAAUCAUCCAACGUCUCUUCAUUGCACCCUCCGGUGGAUAUUCAGCAAGUAUCAAUCAAAGAAACGAAGAAAAAUAAAAACGUUCUUGAGGUACUCUUGAAUUAG